AUGUCACCUCAUCAUCAGCAUUUUAGGUCCCUGAUUUCUUCAUAUGCUACAGUGCGACCCCAAAGAAGGAGAGAACUGAAGCUGCUUUCAUUGCCUGAUUAUUUCUCGUCCUAUUUUAACACUCCUGAGAUCAGCUGUUAUCAUUCAGGUCAUCUCCGACUAGUCUCAUCUCCAGGGCCCUGCGAACGAGCACUAUCAGCACUUGUUGGUUGCCAUUCAUAUUCCACCAGCAGCCAUGGCGGCCGUGACGACAAUGCCAUCGGAAACAAGGAAAAGAGCAAGAGGAGGAAGAGGAAGCAAACAGCCAAACAAGGCGUGCUGUCUCCACCAUCAGAGGAGGAAUUGUCGACUGGGAUGGUGAAUAAUCUGUACCAGAGUGGUGACCCCCUUGGGCGGAAGGAGCUGGGCCAACGCGUGGUCCAAUGGCUAAAGAAGGGCAUGCAGCUAAUGGCCUCUAAAUUCGCUUCCUCAGAUCACUCAGAGACAUUGUGGUUUGAUGGCCAUAUGGGGUUUGUGAUGCAGGCACAGGCAUACCUUUCUGCCACUGCCAUGCCCAAGGGACAGGAAGCUCUGUGCCUCGAGGCCUCUACGCACUACCCCACGCUCUUCGACAACUUUCAGAGAGAGCUUCGUGACGUCCUGCUGCAGCAGCAAGAAGAGGGCCUUGUUCCUGACUGGCGCUCUACGCGUUCGUGGAUGCUUCUGAAAGAAAUGGCUAGAUCAACUGAGCAUCGGACAGCUGCACGCAGAUCUACAACUCCUGUUAUGCAUAGUACACUUGGCAUAUGCCUGGAGAAGACAAGGCUAAUGCAGGCUAAAAUAGAUGGCUUUGUUCAGAAGAUGACUGGCCUUCUUCAACUAGAAAGAGAUGCAUAA